UCAGAAUACGAGAUCGUUGUAACGGAAGAAACGAAGCAACAGUUUUCCAAAGGGUUCAAGAAACGCCCUAAUGUCCAUGACCUCAUGCGCUGGAAGCAAAAUCAUAAUGACAUGGUGAGUGUUUCCAACCGCACGACCAACUGCCAGUCUCGAAGCUUUCCAUUAGGUAUGCAAGAAUUGCCUGUUACGCGGGCAAGUCUGCACGCCGAAGGACAAUUCGGCCGUAUGUAUCAACUGUGAGGAGCAGCGAGUCCGCUGUAGUCGUGCCUUGCAGGAAAAGAAGACACGAAUGCGACGUUUGUUGAAUCUCUCGUAUCCGGAGUUGGAUUUUUUAGUGGACUGGUAUGAGAAAAGAAAGAUAAAGCGUAGCCUUGUUCGGAGGCCACCCAUCACUCCAAGCUCCAAAAAGACGAAGUUUCAAGACACUCCGACAUUGAGCCCGGAGAUCCAAGCGAAGACAGCAAGGGCUUGCCGAUAUGAACCUGAAGAGGAUCAGUACGCUUCUUCGCAAACACUAAGCUCCAGCCUUGUCUAUGAACAUGACCCAAUGGACCACGCCACCGCUACAAACUUUCAAGAAAUGUGGAACGAAUACAUGAAUGAUCAUCGAAGUGCAAGCCCUCAAACGCCCUCUAGGGAAGAUGGUGCUGGUCUUGACUUCGUGACUCUUGAACAUACAGACACUGUCGGUGAUCUGGAAAUGGCGAAUCACGAAGGCCCAGAGACUUCAGCUGAACGUGCAGAUGUUUUCUUUGACGGGACUGUGGCGUCUACAGAAGGUGCAGCUGAAAACCUGGCGGCUCUCACCUAUAUCGAGCUUCUCUUGCACAAGAGGGAGGUGGAAAACAUCACUGAAAGCGUGAGGAUAGGGAAUAUCACUCAGUCACAGCUGGUCAAAGCACUGGAGGCCGUCUCGGACGGGUUAUAUGGACUCGCGAUGAAGUACGAUGUGGGCUUCGAGUCAGGACAAGCAAGUUUAGUGGGAGGGCCAGAACAGCAAACUGAUUAAUGUAUGCAUGAUAUUACUUUAACAGUGAAAUGGAUGUUAAAAUACCGGAC